CCCUUCUGUCAGUCCAAAAGUCACCGCGUAAGCUUGCGGGUGGAACGCAACGUAUGCGAAGGUCGUGUACUGAUGUGAAUUCGUAUGAAUAGUGAUUUAAUUUUAUAAACAGAAAGUACGAAAAGAAUUAUAGUGCUACGAGAAGCGACACGACAAAACGAUCUACUAUUUGCGCUCUUUCGAAAUGUGUUUGCUCUCGGAGGAAGCAUAAAGCCUAAAUAGCCGAUUCUCCAAUCGAUCGGCACGGGAUCCGACUGAGAGGGAGGAGUUGGGAGCUGGUUUAAGAGAGGUGGGAGAGGAAAUCCUUCUUCGAGAGGAGUGGGGAGAGGGAAUUGUUUCUCGAGAGGAGGAGGGGAAGAAAAUCAUUCCUCGAGAGAAGGAGGGAGAGGGAAUCAUUCCUCGAGAGAAGGAGGGGAAUAAUUCAGGAUUUCUUAGAUGGCGGGAUCAAUGACAGAGGGAGAGGUGAGAUCUAAUGAUUGUGUCUGAUCCGAGACUGACGAGUAUGGUAGUGAGAUCUCACGAUAGUGGUCGUCGGUCGGUUGUAGCAGCACGGUUGUGACUUGGCUGCGAACGGUUACCGCCUACUGACGUAAGAGCUUCGUCCCUGUUUUUUAAUCGACGUACUAGCGCGCUAUAACAAAAGAGUAAAAUAUAUAUGUUUCGUUAGAAGCGUGUAUAAGUGUGUAUAUAUAUAUAUAUUUGUUUUUAUACGGGGAGACGUGUGGAUGAACCGGAAGAAAUGGCAGAGCGACUUACUGGUUAGCUGGUGAGUCCACGAGAUCUCGGAUAGCUAUCAGUUGAAAUGAACGAGGAACCCGCUAUCCACAGAAAAGCGCCAGAAGGAUGUACCACUGAAUUCGCACGCGAGUUGAGUGAUUAUGUCCUCUGAGUCGGUGGAACCGUCAAACACAAGAAUUUUAGAAUUAUCUGAAAUUUCUGAUCCAUUCAAGGGGAAUCCCGCCGUUUCAGAUUUAAGUUCGGAGGAUUUAAGGGAAGUAGAGAAAUAGUGAAGGAGACAAUAAGAAAGAAUGGAGAGGGUAUGGAAGCACGGCUAGACUCAAUAUUACAGGUAUACGCGCAGAGGCGAACAUCUGUGAGUCGCACGCACUUUUUCGGUCCAGGAAUAUGGGUCAAUAUAUGGAACAGAUGUCCCGAAGAGACGCUAUGACACCUGUUUCGAGGAACAGUGCGAACGUCGAUCCUAUUUUUUGGGUCAAGGAACUUAAUCUUUUUGACCUGGGACUGGACCUCGUACGAUCUCAGGCAUUUAAAGGGAAAACAAUGCGAGAGUUCUGUCGGACCGUUAUCAGAAGACUCCGCUCGAGUUUCGCAGACGCCAACCAUAGUCGCGACCUGAAGCCGAAGAAAAGAAUCGUGGCGUCUGUAGGACGUAACACAACUAAUGAAAGGGGAGUGAUUUUUCACAUAAAGAGAUCCACCUCACCUUCCCCUUGCCAAGGGAUGUCCGACUUUCCACACGAAACGAGUUUCAGUCCACUUCUCCUCCCUCCUGUCAAGAGAUGGUGACGAUUAUUUGUCUAUGCUAACAUGACAAUGAAAUGCUAAAGAACUUUCCUUUCAUAAAAAUGGAUGAAGAAAGCCAUAUUCGUCGAUGAAUGUUAGUAAAAGUUGAAGGGACAUACCUACACAACGAAUAGCAAAAGCCUGCCUCGUCCAUUGCGAUCAGCUAUAUAUCUCACAUUAAGGUAUAUCAAUAUAUGUAUUUGUAUUAAAUAAGUGAUCCUGAUAGCAAAAUGCUAGCAAAUUACGAGCAAAUUGGUAGCAAACGAGCAGAUUCCCAUUUAACUGCUGGAAGUAGUAGGAAUCAAGUGUUGUGUGUCUUUAGUAAUGCGUAUUGCCUCCUUUCGCAUUUAUCAAUUCAUGUAUUCGUCGAGGCAUACUAUCAAUUAAAUAUCUUAUUUCGUCUUAUCUAAAAUUAUACUAUUCCUCCUGCCGUUGCAGAGAUAAUACACAUUACUAAAGAUACAUAAUGCACACAAGCACGUACGUAUGUACACGCCUAAAAGGAAAUUAAAAACUCGAAUAAACAAACAUAAGGCUGACAGAUCCAUCUCUGGGAUGUCAGUGGUUUCACGUCACCAGUUGAAUGAGAUGCAUCAAUUGGAUUGGGAUAACAUAGAAUUUUAGA